AUGAAAGUACCUAGCAUCUCUCUUGUGAGUUUAAGCUUAAAAAUCUACCACGACCCCGAGUCUGAGCAGGAGAAGGAGUGGCUUUCAGUCAACGUAUUCAUCAGAACAUUCACAAAAGCAGAGCUGCCUCAGUUUGAGACUCUAGCCGUGUCUGUUCCCAAGAAACAUGUUUACCAUGUUGAGCUGAACAGGCCAAAGAAAUCUAACUCUUUCUCUAGGACCAUGUGGCAGGAAAUUAACCAGUGCUUCACAACAUUAAGCUUAAUUCCUGAAUGUAGAGUCAUUGUGCUGUCCGGUCAGGGCAAGCAUUUCUGUGGUGGCAUCGAGUUACAAAGCUUGGUACAAUUAGCCGCUGAAGCUGAUGAACUAGAAGACGUAGCGAGGAAAGCUCGCUACCAUUACAAUUUCAUCAAAUAUGCUCAGGAAACGAUAUCGUCACUGGAGGAAUGUGUGAAGCCUGUGAUAUCAGUGACGCACAACGCUUGCAUCGGAGCUGGUGUCAACCUGAUCACAGCUGCUGAUAUGAGAUACUGCACAGAAGAUUGUUGGUUCUCUGUGCGUGAGGUGGACGUUGGACUGGCUCCUGAUGUUGGCACGUUGCAAAGAUUCCCUAAGAUAGUGGGCAACUCAUCGGUGGCCAGAGAGCUUUGCUUCACCGGCCGAAACUUCGACGCUAAAGAAGCAAAGGAAAUCGGUCUAGUCAGCGAAGUUUUCCCUGAUAAGGAAACUGCCCUGACAAAGGUAUUAGAGAUAGCAGAAAAUAUAGCGUCGAAGAGUCCCGUAGCGGUUCAAACAACCAAGAUCAACCUCGUGUACUCACAGAGCCGGCCUAAUAAAGAUGGAUUGGAACAUGUUCGUCUGCUAAACUCAGUGAUGAACCAAGGCGAAGAUUUGACGAAGGCAGCCAUAGCCCAAGCCACUAAGAGCCCAGUACCAGAAUUCGAUAAUGUUUAAGGAUAUUUUUUUAUACAAGAGUCAGAAAAUAAACAUCUACUAUCAUAAUUAUGAAAAUAUCUGGACUUUUAUCAAGCAAAAUCUCUAAAAAAUCUGUGUAUAAUAUUGUUUAAAUCUGUAUAUUGUUGUCUUAUUCAAAACAUUGUCCAACACUCGGCUGAUUUUCGGCCGUGCCACCUUGUAAUAGGAUUUUUUCAAGUCGUGGGUGCGUUUACAAACAUACAAUUUCACAUAGAUAUACAUCACACCUUGACGCGGAACAACAAUAAAUUAGUGGUUCACACAAAGUGUGCAGUCUUUAUUAUGGUUUUAUGAAAAGCUAAGCCAAUGUACAAUAAAUGUUCACAGUCAAAUAAAUUGCAUUAAACAGCAUUUUUCAAUAAACACUGCCAAUAAUUAAACAUUUAAUUAUACCUUAUUUAUUUGUUAUUAUGAACAAGCUGGA